GCAAGACCAACGCGAGCGGAGGCAACCCCCUGGACUACGUCCGCUGUGCGAACUGCUCGUACAAGUGGAACUUCAAGGCCAGGAUGGACUGCUACAAUUGCAAGAAGCCGCUCAAGCCUGCAGCAGUGGACAAGCCUCCGCAGCUACGGGCAUCGGCGUGGUCUUUCGUGCGCGAGCCGUGGGUGCACUCGGACGACUGGAUCGGGCACGAGGCACCACUGCCGCAGCCUGCCCCGCCGUCGGACGCAGAGUGCCUCGCGGCGUUGGCGGCCAGGCAUCCCGAGCACUGCCUGCAGCUCGAGGCCAUCAAGAAGGCCGUCGCACCACCGCCCGUUGCGGCCACGGUGUUGCCAGAUGUGGCUCUCAACCGCGCCCAGGCCAAGCAGAGGCGGGCCCAAGCCGCCUUCCUCUCCAAGUCCCAGCAGGUUCGCGACGCUGAGCAGUGGCUCCAGGCCUGCCGCGAGGAGGAGGUGCGUGCUGGGGAGCUCGUCCUGGCGUGCGACGUGGAGGUGGAGCAGGCCUACAAGGCAGCCGCGCCCAAGGGCGUCCAGGUGCAGGCGCAGGUGGCGCAGGAGUCAGGCGCCAAGGCUCAGCCUGCCGUGGGCCUCAACGUCACGGCGCUGUUGGCGGAUGACUUCCAGGUCGAGGCAGGCGACGCCUUCAGGCUGGACGACCCCGACCUGGACAUCACCGACGCGGAGCGGGAGGAGUUCAACAAGUCCCUGGAAGGCUUCGUCGAGCAGGUCAAGCAGCACGUGCGCACCACCUUCGGGGAGGCCAAGACGCAGCUGGAGCAGAGGCGCAGCGAGAUCGACGCCAAGCACCAGCAGCUGCUGGCCAGGCCCCUGCCCCUGUGCCGCCUGGGGCCCCUGCUGGGCCUCCUGUUGCUCACCUUCCAGAGCCACCCAGCCUCCGCGGCCCCGAUGGCGCAGCCAAGUUGGCUCAGCUCAGGCGGGACUUGGAAGCAGCAGCCGCCGUCCCAGCUGGGGGCGCAGAUGCGUAAGGCCCAGCCCUGGGGACCUGAUGCACCGCCAGUGGCCAAGCCACGAGAGCCCAGACUCGUCCGCCUGGGCAGACGGCAGCUGGCCAUCCUGGCCACGCGUAUGCGCCGCAUGGCUCGGCGCUGGCGCCCCCCGUCUGUGGGGACCGAGGCUCAGGACCGCAGGCACUGGGACUCCUACUGCGUACCGUUCAUCUUCCACCAGCUGAGCUCUGGGGAGUACACCGCCAUGCUGGACGACCUGGCAGCCACCACGGGCAGCGGAUCCCGAAUUGCCAAGCGCAUGAGGACUGCACGGGAGUUGGGCGACGAAGCCUGGAACCGUGGAAGGGAGGCCAGGCGCCUCCAGCGGCAAUGGUUAGAGCAUCUGCAGUUUACCAAUCAUGAGGCUUUUGAGCGUGAGGCGGCUCAGCAGGACCGCAACCAGUCAGCCGCGGAGCGGUGGUUCGACCGUCAGUCCCAGGCCACGCCGACAACGCAGGCCCCCACCGUCUACUUCGACGACCGCAUCCACUGUUGGAGAUUGUGCGCCGCGGAGGUGCUGGAGGCCGAGCUCGGCCCAUCCACCUCGACUGGGACUUCGGAGGAGCCGGGGCUCUGCGCAGCCUCGCCAGGUGACUGCACCGAGCUCACUCCCACCCCAGCCGCGAGCAACCGCACGGACGAGCACCGAGGAGCCGCCCCAAGCAUUUCAGCUGCUGGCCUCUCUGCCGUCCCAGGCAGCCCAGACCAGCUUACGUCAGUCGGUGUUUGCUACGAUUCAGCUGUUUCCACGGGCGAUGGACUCUCGGCCGUUGACGGUGGCACCCAGACAUGCAUCGUCGGCACGGCGCAGGAGGCUGUGGCUCACCCUACCGAGGGCAAGGACCUCAGCGUCGGCGGCGUUGGCGGCCAGUCCACCUGCAGCGGGACUUCGGCAAAGCCCCAGUGCGACGUCGCCAAGUAUCGACCCCCAGCAGCAGGAGCUCGUAGAGGCAAGCGUCGACAGCGGAGCCACAGGCGCUUCACCUUCCACAGUGUCAACGCCAGCCUCAGCUGGGGCAACGUUGUGGGCUACCUCCACGGAGCGGCACACCAGCAGCUCACCGAGGGCAAGAUUCCGAUCAUCGGUUUCCAGGAGCACGGCAAGCGGCGUUUGUGGGCCGAAGAGAGCGCACGGGCCCUGCUGCCCUUGGGCUGGAGGGCCCUGCCCGCGCCAGCGACGGACGGCCCGAAGGGAGGGGCCUCGGCGGGCGUCAUGCUGGCGAUACCUGCCUGCGUCGGCGUCACCCUUGCAGCUGGACAGCGACACUGGGACAUAUCGCCCCCAGGCUGUGCGGGCAGGCUCCUGAUGGCCACCCUCGAGGCCAAGGGCAUCGGCAAGUUGCUUGUUUUCUGUGUGUAUUGCUUCACGGGUCAGAAGCUGGCGUCAGUGGGCAAUUAUGCUCUCCUGUCGGUCAUCACAGGGUGGGCAGUCCAGCUCCAGCUGCCCUGGCUAGUCAUCGCGGACUGGGAGAAUCUACCUGACGCAUUGGAACGUUCGCCGUGGAACAACCAGCUCAGAGGCCGUGUCGUAGCAUGGCAAGGGGAAGGGGGCACCAACCGCUCCCCGCAUGGUGAGCGCGUGAUCGAUUACUUCUGGAUGCACUCCAGUCUGGCGGCCAAUAUUUCCCCAGCCCGCAUUGACGACGACGCGGUCUACCACCCUCAUCGAGCCACAUGGGUAGAGUUUCUGCAGCCUUGGUCCGCCUUUACCUACACCAAGCUCAUCCGACCCCACAAGUUCCCGAUCCCAGGAGUCAAGCCGAAGCAUUUCGAUCUCUCAUGUCCAGACGUGCCUGCGGGUUUCGACCCCGAUGCGGUGCCUACCCAGGAGCUCCUGGACGGCACCUGGGAGGUCUUCUGCCACGCCGCCGAGGAGGAACUGAUCCAAAAGGUGGGUUUGGACCCCAGCAGUCGGCAAGCCGAUCAAUGCCGAGGGCGUGGGGGACCACCACGCUUCAAGAAAUGCCCGUUGCUCCCGACCCACACCGAGGCCAUCGCCUCGUACGGGGAGGCCAAGCGCUGGAGGUGGUUUGCCAACGAGUUGGCUUGGCUGGGCAUCAUUGAAGUGAAGCUUUUCAGCUACACGGGCGCUUCCGACCUGGCCCUCACCACGCUGCACCAGCAGCGGCACGCCUCCAUUCGCAAGUUGCGUGACCGCUUCAGACUCCACAUGCUGGUUGAAGGCGUGGCUGAGUUGCAGGAGUUCUUCGAGGUUUUCACGUCUCGGGACCGCGGCUUCGAAGACUUGCAGGAGCUCGCGGAGUGGCGCCUCAGCUGCAGUCAGUAUGCCUCGUACUUAGAGUGGCAGAUCGGCAAGGAACGACGAGAUUCCUUCAAGCAGCGGUUGGAGGACGACUUCCCAGGCUCGCAGGGGCUCCUCCACAAGGUCACCAAGUGGCGCCAGGCUUGGCAGGCCCCCAAGGGCAGCAUAUCCAAGAAGCUGCUCCCAGCGGCGCCUCAGGACGCCGUGGACCAGGAGUUGCACGACUGGUCGAAGGUCUGGGUCACUGGCUCAGGUUUCCCCAAGCCAUGGAGGGGCCUCCAGCAAGUCGCUGUCACGCCGCCCAGCCCUCACCACCUGCGUGGCUUGGCCCAGCGUUUCAAGGCCAAGACGGGGAUUGGCGUGGACGGAUGGCAACCAAAGCUUUGGGCGUACCUCACGGACGGCACGCUCUCGGUGCUCGCGUCAUUGUUGGCCUGGAGCUACGACUACACGGCGGCGGGCCAAUCCUCCGAGCGUGCCCUGUGGAAAGCUUUGUUGGACGAUGAGCUCGUGUUGGGCACAGGCAUACGUGCGGCUACGAUGCUGGCGGACCUCGCCAAGUGUUAUGAGAAGGUUUCCCAUGAGCGUAUGUGGUGGCUUGCAGCUUGGUGGGACGGCCCGCUGGAGGUGGUCGCGCUCGCGCUGGAGAGUUUCGCCUUUGGCCGUGUCAUUCGUCUUGGGGAGGCCUGCUCGGCGCAGGUCCUGUCCUCCACAGCGCUCCCAGCGGGCAGCCGUUUCGCGCCCACCUUCCUGAGGUUCUACCUCAUGCUGUGCUUAGACGACCUGCUGGGGGUCUUCCGCCUCACGAUCUACCUGUACGUUGAUGACAUCGCCCUGCGGGUCAUGUCCACCGAGGCGCGCGUCUUGCACAUUUUGCCGCAGGCCACGCGCUUGCUGUUCUGGAUGUUGGAGUCCUUCUUGGGCCUGGAGGUAGCCCGAGCGCGGGACGGGGCGAGAGGCAAGUGCUCCUUCCUGCAAACGGCCACUCCGUCUUCAGGCUUGACGCAGGCCAUGGCCGUCCUGGGAGUGCCGCCCAGCACCUCUGAGCGGUGGCUCGGUAUCGACUACGGUCCCAGCGUCAAGGCAGAGAACCAGUCAGCCCCAGUCAGGCACGCGCGGCUCAAGAUAGCCAAGCAGCGCUGGCCUAAGAUACGCGGCCUUCCUCGUGCACGCGGGGGCAAGCUCAAGAUGGUCGUGCGGCAGGGCCUCGGAGCCUCGGUCGCCUACGGUGCCCGUGUCCGCGGCACGCCCAGGCCCAUCGUGCGUUUCAUCCAACAGAAGGAUCGGGCCGUCCGCAGAGGCGCCACAGCCUUUACCUCCCGAGUCUUGCACGACGGCCUCGACCCCAGUUGCGCCGACGCCCUCGUUCUGGCGCCGCUGCUGGCCUGGGCCAGGGAAGCUUGGGACCACCCAGAGGGGCGACGGGCGCAGGCCACGGCAUGGGCCCGAGUGCAGCAACAGCUCGCGCUGUACAGCGACGCCGACGCGCAGGAGUUGUGGUCAGUGGUGCGCGGCCCAGCGGGGGCCACCUCGGUCACAGUCAGAGCCCAUGGGUGGAGCAUGCCAUCAGCCUUUGAGGUUGUCUUGCCUCCACGUGGCGGAGUGCUCCAAGGAGGGGACGUACAUCUGGACCUACUGCAGAUCUGCCCCAAGUCCGUUGAGGCCGCCGUGCUGUUGGCCGCCCGUUCCCGAGCUUUGUGCCAGUGGGCGGCGGCCCAGCCCGAGCGGGCUGCGCUCCUGCCAGCGCCGUGGCUCACCCCAGCGAGGCAGUUGGUCAAGCGACGCAAGCAGGACGGGUGGCUGCAGCACCAUGCCGACGCGGUCAAGAAGGCGGUGCUGGGAGGUUUCCCUUCGCAGGAGGCUCUUUUCUUGUCGGGCCAGGCGGACACUCCGUAUUGCCAGCUGUGCGACGACACGACCUGUUUCGGCACGCACCAGCACUAUUAUUGGCGGUGCGGCAGCCCGACGUGUGCUACAGUAAGGGAGCAGCUGACAGCCCACGACGCAUCACCUACCUUCAGAGACGUCAGCCACCUGGGCGUGUCGGCCUCCUCGUCGGAAGCCUCAAGGUGGCUAUGGGAACGGGGUCUGCGGCGGACCCCAUGUUACGGCUUGGCUUGGAGUCUACCGUCGCAGCGCACCUAUUGGAUCGUCAAUGGCGCGGCCCCCGAGCUCACGGGUGUGCUGGUGUCGGACGGAUCAGUCAAGGGCUUGGAUGACCUCAGGCACGGCGGCUGGGCGGCUUUGCAGUGCACAGCGGAGGCCGAUGACGUGGUGCAGGGCCUGUACGGCCCACUGCCCUUUCCCGACCCCAGCUCGGUCCUGGCAGAGUUGUGGGGUCUCCUCCACGCCCUCAGGCAUGCGAUCUUCAUCACGGCCAUCAUCAUUGACAAUGCCCAGGUGGUCCAAGGCUUGGCUCGUGGCAGGGCAUGGUGCUGCUCCUCGGCCAGGCCCUAUGCGCACGUCUGGCUCGAGAUCUGGGACCGCCUGGACGACAUGGACAUCCGUCCUGGCAGGGAGCUGUCUGUCAUCAAAGUCACCUCGCACAUAUCGCAGGCCAAACGUCUAGAGCUGCCAGAGGAGGUCCAGAUUCAUAUGAAGCACAAUGAUUUAGCAGACGAAUGGGCCAAGCAAGGGGCAGACCUCAGCGCGCCGCCAGAGUGGGCCACGUUGCAGGUCAAGCAGGAGCUCAAGGCCACCAAGCGCGUGCUCGAGUACAUCGGGCACUUCAGGGUCCUCCUCGACGGGGUCAAGUUGGCGGAGCCUAGGCCCAAACGACAGCAGGGCCAAGAGGCCAACAUUCCGCAGGCAGCGCGACCUCAGGCUGGUCCCAGGCACCCGCACGUUCUGGAAGUGUGCCGCGGUUAUUCCAAGUGCACCAGCUGCGGCAAGAUUGCCCGCACUCGCCUCGCGGCCUUUCAGUUGCAGGAGUGCCGUGGUCGUCUCCAAGGGCUCCAGGGCAAGUUAGUCAAGAGUGCGGUCAAGAGAGGCAGGGUGGCAGUGCCUCUUCUCGUGGCAGCAGGCGCCGCCGCUCGGCCUGUCCGACAACGACCAGGCCAUGGAAAUCAGGAUGAGCCUCGUGUAGAGCCCGACCCUGCGCCAGCCUCCCAGCUGGGCCCCGACCCGCUGUGGGCUCAUGUCGCAGCAGCCCGUGAGGCUCUGGGCAGGAUGGAGCGGAUACCCGACGGCCCUGCGUGCAUGGGAACCCCGUCAAGCCAGCCACACAUCACGCUCGAGCAGCAGCAGGUCCGUUCCAUCAUGGACGAUGCCAUCAUCUGGGCGUCUUUCUGGAUCGAUCGCUUCGACGUGGCUGGCUUCACCAACGAGUGGGACUACCGUACGCGGUGUUCGGAAUACCUUGAGAGGUUUCUCAGCCUGGCGACGUGGACUCCAGUUCGAGAGCAUCUUUUACGUAGCAACCCUGGCCGCACUCUAGGGCAGGUAGUCGACGACCUAUGCGCUACCUCUUGGACGCGGGCCGAGCCAGCCCGUCAGGCUCAGUUCGCCAGAGUACGGCCUGACUCGGGUUUGACAGCCAAACAGCGACGUCGGCUGCUUCGGCAUCACUUCGACGUGCUGAACCAGGUCAGGGAGCGUUUCAAGGAGCUUCUGGGAGAUCGUGCCCCGCCUGAGACGGCCUCAUGGCACCAGUGGGUCUUCGAGCCCCUCUCCUCGGAGGACGACCAAGGAGGUGAUGCGGCAGGCCGCGCAGCCGAGGGCGCCAUGGGGUACGACGAUGCCGACGAGUUCGCGGCCCUCAGCGUGCACAGCGACCUCGAGGUGGUGGAGGCAGGCGGCACGGCGGCCACCGGCACCCAGGCGUCAGAGCGCGUGUCGUCGCCCAAUCCCGACCUCGCCCCCAGGGCACUCCAGCCACAGGAGGAGGGAGCUCCAGCGGGUGGGGUGAGGCGGGAGGGUGUUUUGCGGAUCCGCAGUGCGGCAGCCACCAGUUCCCAAGAAGUGGUCGGCGGUGGUGUGGCUGGCGCUGGGGCAGCGGUGCCCACGGGGUCGACUGCGGUUCAACCUGAUGAUGAGCCUGGAGCUGAUCUGGGCGAGUUGGCCAACUCCCUGGCCGUGGACGGCAAGGCUGCCACCCAGGCAGCGGCCGCAGCGUGCUCCGCCCCCUUGGCGGCACACCAAGCUCGUGCUGGCCAGGGCAGCCUGAAACACGGUGGUAAGGCCCCAAGGACUGGUUCCUCAGCACCUUCGGCGGCGGCGGCGGGCUUGGGCCAGGGAGGCCUGGCACCGCUGGCGGGGCCCCCGCCGCCCUCGGCUGCGGCCGCGGCGGCCUCGGAGCCAGAGCAGGGUGCGCGCGGGCGGGCGGCCUCUGCCCAGCCCGCCAGGAGUGGCCAGGCGUUGCCUGGGACGGCCAGGGCCGCUUCGUCGGAGCCGCGGCCGCAUACGGUCGAGAUCAUCGGCCACUUCGUGGUCUGCGUGGUUUGCGGUUCCUACUACAGCUCGGUGGCCAGGAACCUCGGCGGGCCGUGCAGGCGGCUGGACCCGCGGGACCCUGGCGACAGGGAGCGCCUCAGGCGCAUCCGCCGCAUCCAGCGCGGCCAGGACCCAAAAACUGGACGGGAUCUGAG